AUGUGGAGGUCUAUCUGUCUCUCUUUUUCUUUCGGAACCAGCAUUAUAUCGCGUAUCGAACAUAUAAUGCUGAUCCGCAGCACACAAAUUCGCACCUACGGCAAAAAUGAUAAUAAAACACGUAAAUUACAGAUCUAUCCUAAGAUGCUCCUCAGAAAUUGCAAAAAUGGACAAAAGGACCAACAAACAUAUCGUACGGAAUAUGAACAUAUUUUUAUUUUAACAAAUUAUCUGAUCCAAACACGAACUCUCACAGAUAGGGACAACAUAAAAACAAUUCACAUCUAUUUUGUUGUCCGGAUCUGCCUACGGAAACCUUUUCUAAAUACGUAA